AUGGCGGGUCUUCAGAGAUCCACCAUCUCUUUCCGGCGACAAGGCUCUUCCGGUAUAGUUUGGGACGAUCGUCUUAUCGCCGAGCUAAACCAACAAGCCAAUGACCAGAAAGGCGAAACUCAACAACACGAAGAAGAAGCUAAGCUGAUUACGUCGGAACCGAUUGCCGGAGAAGGAAUCAAACCGAUUAAAACUGACGGAGAGGGCAUCGAGAGGAGUCGAUCUAACGGCGGAGGAGCUACUCGUUACCAUCGAAACACCGGAAGAGUAUCUCCGGCGGUGGAUCCACCGUCGCCGAGAUUGUCGGCGUUUGGAUGCUGCUCUGCUUUCGGGAAGAAAGCGCCGGUGAAGAAAUCGGUUAAUCAGAGGAAAAGGCAACCGAAACGCAGAUCAAUAUAG